CUUUUUUUUUUCCAUUGCUCAUUCAUGGCUUCCAAGAUUUUUCAGCCCAUCUCUUUCAUUUUCCUCAUUUUCAUACUACUUGCUCCAAUUGGCCAUGCCAAGAGGAGCACCCCAAGUGACAAAAAAUCAUCCUCUUUAGAUUCCUUCAAGAAAUUAAAAGGUUGUCACAAGGGAAACCACACAAAAGAGAUCCACAAGCUCAAAGCCUAUCUCGAGCAAUUUGGCUACCUCAACUAUCCAAACAAAACUCAUGCCACCGAUGAUGAUUUCGACGAUAUUCUUGAAUCAGCCCUCAAAACCUACCAAAAAAACUACCACAUCAAACCCUCAGGUAUUGUAGACGAUGCAACGAUAUCAAAACUGAUAACCCCACGAUGUGGGGUACCUGAUAUCGUUAACGGCACUAACUACAUGCAACCUCGUGGCAAGAAACACAAGUCUAGCUCGAGCAACAUCCACACAGUAUCCCAUUACAGUUUUUUUGAUGGAAACCCUAAAUGGCCAUCUACUAAAACCCAUCUCACUUAUAGAUUCUUGUCCAAUGUUCCCUCAUAUGCUAUAAACCCUGUGGCAAGUGCCUUCCAAAAGUGGGAGUCUUCCACCCACUUCACCUUUGCACAAGUCCAAACCAAUCAAAAUUCUGAUUUGGAAAUAGGGUUCUUUAGAGGUAAUCACGGAGAUGGAAUUCAAAACGCUUUUGAUGAAAAAAGCAUAGCUCAUGCAUCUGCACCACCUGGUGGAAGGUUCCAUUACGACGAAGAUGAUAAAUGGUCCGUUGAGCCAGCUGCAGAUGCUUUCCACCUAGAAAGUGUUGCACUUCAUGAAAUCGGACACCUUUUGGGGCUUGGACAUAGCUUGGUUAAUGCAGCAAUCAUGUAUCCUACUUUCAGCCACGGAGAAGUCAAGAACUUGGACGCAGAUGAUAUUGCAGGGAUAAUAGCUUUGUACAAUCAUUAAAAUAUUUCAUAUAUAGUUGUCAAGUAAUUUAUGUGUUUUCGCAUGUGAAAAUAAUUUCCUUAUACUGGAAUUUCUGUAAUAGGAGUAGUAUUCUGUGGUUCUAUUUAAGGUUUAGUAUGUACUGAAUGUAAUAUAGUCGAGCAUGAUAUAAUUGCA